UAAUAAUAUAGAAAUUAAGGAUAUUAUGAGUAAUAUAUUGAUUGUACACAUAUUAGACUCUCCGUAUAGAAAUCCAUUAUCUCAAGCAAUACUAAAAUUACAUGAAAAUGGAGUUCUAUUGCAAUUGAAGGACCGGUGGUGGAAGCAGAAGAAAGGCGGAGGACAAUGCGCUGAAGAGACGAAGAAGUCUUCAUCUGUGAAUAACCUGAGUAUAGAUCACGUCGGAGGCGUGUUUGUGGUGCUGUUGGGAGGGCUCUCCCUAUCCUUUCUCGUCGCUAUAUUCGAGUUCAUUUGGAAAGCAAGAAGUGAUGCCACAAAAGAGGAUUCCAUAUUUGAUGAGAUGAUCAAAGACUUCCGGUUUGCGUUCGCCUGUCAAAGCAAAACCAAAUUUCCCCACAAAAAAGAUGAUUUCUAUAAAGACAAGUACAACGAUGGCUGUCCUCCUCAAUACAGCGCUGACUUUAAUUCAAUUUACUGAAAAUUGUUUAAACCAUAACUACCUUCAACUCAAUGUAAAGUAUUUGUCAAACUUUACACAACUUUAUAUUUAUUUAUUUGAAAAAACGGAUAUUCUUUAAAUAAAUUAACACAAG